AUGUUUUCAUCGAACCAAAGCAAUACUUCUGAGAGCCCGAUGAAUUUAUCUUCUUUCCCUACAGAAACAUCAUUCCACGGAAGACCAGAAGAUCAGACGAAGAACGGAUUUCUCUUCGGGAGUAAAAGAAGAAUCAAUUCGUCUGCUGCUACGCAGUUUCUGAAUACAUCAAAUGUCUCUGCUCCAUCAACUGAUAUUUUUGCAUCUCCAGCUGUGCAUUCGUCUAUCCCGAGUCAUAUCAAAGAAUCAGCCAAUAGCUCUGCUAAAUCAGUUCACUGGUCACCUUCUUUGGUGCAAGAGCAAUGUUCGAGAGUAGGAGUGAUUACUGCUUCUCCUGUACCCCCAGUUAAACAAUCUCAUAGCCACAUUAGCAACUAUUCAAGUCCAGCAAUGAAUGGUCCACCAUUGCGGUCUUUAAAAGAUGAUGUCGAACCUGUUAAAAAAGCGGCCCGAAGGUCCAUGAAUGUUUCCCUUCAUACACCAUCUCAAAAGCUUUCUACUACUCUACCAAAUGGUUCUGCCAUAUCUCCCGAUAUGGCAUCUGAUACUUGGGUUACUGUUUUUGGUUUUCCUAGUGACCAAACUACAAAUGUUCUGAAGUACUUUUCACGCCACGGGGAAGUUGUCAGCCAUCAGAUUCCAAAAAAAGGAAAUUGGCUCCAUAUAAAAUACUCCUGUCCUAUCCACGCUAGACAAGCUCUAUCUAGGAAUGCAAGUGUUCUGGAUGGAACAUUGAGAAUCGGAGUGGUACCCUGUACAGAAAAAGAUAUCAUUGGCUCUGAAACUGUUGCAGCUAUGAAUACUUCAGCAGUUGUAGAGCAAGUAAUUAGAGAAGAGAUGGAGAAUGAAAGCCAUGUAGAAGAGCGAUCAGGACAUCCGUUAUUCGAGAGGGAUCAGAAUAUAACAUCCCUGGAAACUUCAUUGAACGUUUCCCGAUUUGGAUCUAUAUCACGAUCAGGAAUGAGAUCAUUGGCAUCUUCUUAUGAAGUUAGGGGUGGCAGUUUACGGGUUUCUCAACCAGUGAAGCAAGAGUCGAUCAUGAAUAAAAUAUGGAAUGCAGUAGGCUUCUGA